UUUUCUUUCAGCCGAUUGUCCACAGGUGUUCCACAUCUUCACACUGUUUCAAAAGGGACUGCUCUCUGACGUCAGACCACACAGCCUCCGACAGCCCCACGAUGAGCGCAAGUUCGAGACCUCGGUCCUCCACUGACCUGACUUCGGCGCUGACCAGCGUGUUCGAGUGUCCGGUGUGCCUCGACCCGGUCAUGCCGCCCAUCGCGCAAUGCGUCAACGGCCACUUGCUGUGCUUCCCGUGUCGCAACCAGGUCGAUGUGUGUCCGCUUUGCAGGCAAAGCAUAAGCAACGUCCGAGCGCUCGCCAUGGAGAAAGUGGCUGAAAAGCUUCCAUACCCAUGCAACUACUCGGAUUAUGGGUGCACCGCCAAGCCAAUCCUGCUUGACAAACCGGACCACGAGAAGACGUGUGAAUUCAGACCAUGCGCCUGCGUAUUCGUGGCAGAGGUUUGCAAGUGGACCGGCCCGCUCAAAAAUAUGAUGGCGCACAUCCGUGAAGACCACAAGAGCUUGACUAUAUACCGUGGCGAGAAGAUCGGGUUCGUCUAUGUUCGUGGCGUGCACCCGGAGACGGUACGGCGCACCGAAGUGAGGACACUGCAGUCGUGCUUCGGCCAACACUUCUUGCUUGUUCUCGCGAGGCAGCAAUCCGGCAGCCUGAACCUCACCCACGUGCUGCUACAGAACCUGGGCACGCCAAAAGAUGCCGAGGAGUUCACCUAUCAGCUGGAGAUUGGGGAGGACGAGCGCACGCUGACGUGGACGAGCAGGCCCAGUUCCGUCCUGGAAGGCAUCGAGGCGGCCAUGGCGCGAGGCAACGGCCUUGUCUUCGACUCGCGGUGCUUCGCCCCCGACGCCAAGCUCAACGUCAGGGUCACCGUAAAGCGUCGGUCUUCCACAGAAGAGGGGGGGAGUGACACCAGGGACAGCUACUUCAGGAUGUUCGGUGCGCCGGGAAAGAAGUCCAGUGACGUCCCGGACGGAGGAUGCAAGCAGACAACUUGUAAGAACGAGGAAAAAGACUUCCGGGACAGCUACUUUAGGAUGUUCAAGCCUCGGGUUAACCAGUACCCGUAACGAUCACGCGAUGUGCGCGGAUAUAGCUAUUGGCCCGUGCCGGUGAGAAAAAAUGACGCGUUUUCUGCCAACUUUUCUUUUUUUUACGAACAUGCGAAUAUUUGAAUAAAAAAACUUGGGGAAAAGUCGCGAACAUAUAUACUAAGAUACACGUUAAACAAACAAGGCGACACUGCGAAGGGAACAGGUUAAACGAGCGAAAAGGGAUUGGAAAUGAAAGGAGUUAAACCACGUUGUAUCUGGUUUGUUACCCUACAAUGGGGAAGGAAAAUGUGGGAAGAAAAUGGGGAUCGAGUGACGCGUGCGCAGGCGCACUACUGCGCAAUUAACGGCUGUCGUCUAGGGCUCGGACAACUUCACAAGGUUCAGCAGUGUUCCGAUGGCCAUACUGAGAAAGACUGCUCCAGAAUUCGCUAAUAAAAACCCAGUACGUCCUGGGUUCAAGCAGCAUGAUUUUAACAUUGAGCGUCGUUGGACGCUGCCUAAUUGCACCACAAGCCUCAGCAAAUAUUCAAGUGCCAACGUCAAGGCAAUGUUAUAGCACAGCCUGCUGGUUUGUUGAGCUAAGUAUUGCAUCUCCAUAACUCCAGUCCUUUGUUCAUUUCAUUUAAUAUACCAUAAACGCGUAUCAAGGCAUUACAGAAGGAGCGGAUUACAGAUCACAUCAGAAGCUGUACAACACAAGUUUCAUUUGACAUUUAAUAUGACACUUAAUGCAGGAACAACUCCAUGAAUCCAGGAGGUAAUAAUGAAGCCAGGCAAAGCAUAAGGAACGUUAUUUGUAGUUUAUAAUUGAAUUGUAGUAAUUAUGAUACGAGUGACCGCCGCUCCAGCACAGCUGGUAGCGCAUCCCACACGUAUUUUGCACCCGUGUUCGUCCAUUGAAAAUCAGGCUUUUACCUAAAGCGGGCCCAUCAUAUACAAGCACGUGCUUUGUUCUUAACACGUAUACAUGCUAGAUGUUGGACAGCAGGCAAGAAAGUGUGCCCUAUUUUUCUUCAACAUACAAACCACAUAUGUAAAUUCUUGCGCAACUUUUCUAAAACACAAAAAUUUUAAACUCCGUGUUUAUGCAAAAAAGCUUGCUGGUGACGCCUACGCGGCCUCUAAUAAGCAUGCAGUGUAAUUGGCAUAGCCUU